AUGGCGGCGGUGCCUGAGGAGAGGGUUGUGGAGGAAGGAGGAGGCGGAGGAGGCGGCGGCUCCGUUUCCAUGGCGGCGGGCCCGUCCCAGCGGCUCUCGCCGCCGCCGCCGCCGCCCCCGCCCCCGCCCCCGUUGCUGGUCCCGCAGGCCCUCGCCCCCGCCGCGCUGGCCCUGGACCAGCUGCCUCAGAACAACACCCUGGUGGCGCUGCCCAUCGUGGCCAUCGAGAACAUCUUGAGCUUCAUGGCCUACGACGAGAUCAGCCAGCUCCGCCUGGUUUGUAAACGAAUGGAUUUGGUCUGCCAGAGAAUGUUGAAUCAGGGAUUUCUGAAAGUGGAAAGAUACCAUAACCUGUGUCAGAAGCAGGUCAAAGCACAACUUCCAAGGCGAGAAUCAGAAAGGAGAAACCAUUCAUUAGCACGUCAUGCAGACAUUCUUGCUGCAGUAGAAACAAGACUCUCACUUUUAAAUAUGACUUUCAUGAAAUAUGUGGAUUCCAAUCUGUGUUGCUUCAUUCCUGGAAAGGUAAUUGAUGAAAUUUAUCGUGUGCUGAGAUAUGUAAAUUCUACCAGAGCCCCACAGCGAGCUCAUGAAGUGCUUCAAGAGUUAAGGGACAUUUCUUCCAUGGCAAUGGAAUAUUUUGAUGAGAAGAUUGUUCCAAUUCUCAAGAGGAAGUUGCCAGGAUCGGAUGUGUCAGGACGACUCAUAGGAUCUCCCCCAGUGCCAGGCCCUUCAGCAGCCCUGACAACGAUGCAGCUGUUCUCCAAGCAGAACCCUUCGAGACAGGAGGUCACCAAACUCCAGCAGCAGGUGAAAACAAACGGUGCUGCCGUGACUGUUCUCAGGCGUGAAAUGUCCGAGCUGCGCACCAAAGUGCAGGAGCAGCAGAAGCAGCUCCAAGACCAAGACCAGAAACUGCUAGAGCAAACCCAAAUCAUAGGCGAACAGAACGCGCGGUUGGCCGAGCUCGAACGCAAACUCCGAGAGGUCAUGGAAAGUGCAGUGGGAAGUUCCUCAGGGUCUGGGCAGAACGAGGAGUCUCUGCGGAAACGGAGGAAGGCAGUGGAAGCCAUAGACUCUCUUAGGAAAUCCAAACGCCUCCGAAAUCGAAAAUAACGGGAUUGAGCUGCGGCUGCAGAAGCUGACCUGGUUUAGUAGGCCAAGCAGAUGUGCUGACUUGGAUACCGUGAUUAGCAGCUGAGUGUCUUUAGGCUGCCUUGUUUUCAGAACACCAGUCUGACAUGAACAGUUCCUCUCUCACCGUUGAGACGUUUGUCCUUUCCCCGCUUCCGUGUGGGUGGGCCCGAUGCACAGAGUCUUUUUAAUUUGCAAUAGAUUUGUACUAACCAGACGCGCUCUACCCUGUUUCGAGGAGUUAAUCUUUUUUUCCUUUUCUGUGCAGCUGUGUUUAAGUAAAAUUUAUUUGUAUUUCUGCAUAUAUGCACAUUAAAUAAGGAUCUUGAAUAAACCAAGUUUCGACUAGAGGUUAAGCUUACAUACCGAAAAUGUCCCGUUCCCUUGCAAGAAAAGACCUACUUUUUAAGUGGACGCUGUCUUGUAGAAAAGUCAGCUUUGGGUUACAAGUGACCUUUGUCUGGAAUGUCCGAAAGGUAGUUAAUGCUUUUUGGUAUUGAAGUCCCGGGGGACUGAGAAGGACUUCCUAUGCUACAGUAUUGGCUAUAUAUUUUUGUAGACUACUGGCAAGGGGACUUAUCCAGUUGUUGUUAUAAAUACACAAACCCCAGUUUCAGUUCUUUGCUGUUGGAACCGUGUCCUGCAUUUGCAUGGCUAGAUGCAUGCAUUGCCUCGUCAGCUCGCUUAAGAGCUCUUGCACUGGUAUUGAUUGAUCUUGAACGUCUAAACUCGCCCACUCUUUCGAGUAGCUUCGGAGUUACUUAAAUCCCCACGUCGUAGCUACUCGCCACCCAGCAGAUCGGUUAGUUCAUCUGACCUCAAGUUACAAGGGGUAAAGAGGGUUUUGAACCUGGUUUGGCACCAUUUGCUGCUCCUAGGCUGAGGCACAACCCAAAUUCUGAGGCAGUUUCUGCUCAUGUGGGGCCUCCGGUUCCUAGUAAUGUCCUGUUAUUCUGUGUCUCCCAUGGGUCAAGCCACGAUCAGUGAGUCGUGGGCACUACUUAAUUUGGGGCUCCAUUUCAUCACUGAAGCCAAAUCCACGCAGGCAACUUGUCUGACAAAGAAAAGACAUCUAAAACCAUUUCAUGUUGGGGAUGGAGCAGGGAGGUUUUUCGUACUAACAACUAUAUUCUAGCUUUCCUUACUCUAAAACUCUUUAAUCACCUUUAAACGAGAGCUUUAAUUUCUUUUGCACUCUUGUUUUGAGCUUGUAACUGGAAAAGCAUGUCUUGCACUGUUCAGUCUUCGGAUUGGUCACUUUAACAACCUCUAAGUUGCUGUUGUACAGUGAUUACUUUUUCCAUUUGUAUAUUUUUAAAUCCUGGUAAUAGACAUCACUGUCCUUGUUUUAAUUUAAUGUACUAAACUGUGUAGCUCUCAUUUGACUGUUAUUUUAUUUUUUGAGCAACUGUGGCCUUGGGCUUCAUUGGAAUUAAAGUCAAUUUAGGUGUAGCAUGAAAAA